GAGAAAGGCACAUGUCGAACUCACGUGUCCACUUAAACGCACCACCUUCUUCUGUGCUCUCCACGCGCCUCCACACGCCCUCCUCAACUUCGGACCUUCUUCCUCCAAAAAAAACAAUUUCACUCUUCAUUUUCUCAGAUUCUCUUAUUAUUUCUUCUACUCGUUUCGAAUCCUAAUCGUCUACAGUUUCCGACGAGAUUCUCACCGGAGAAAGAAAGGUGACUUGACAGAGAAUCUUGUUCUGUAAUAAAAGCAAAGAUGGUAUCGAAAACUCCUUCUACAUCGUCUGAUGAAGCAAAUGCUACUGCAGAUGAAAGAUGUAGAAAAGGUAAAGUACCGAAAAGGAUCAACAAGGCCGUUCGUGAGAGGCUUAAGCGUGAGCAUUUGAAUGAGCUUUUCAUUGAAUUAGCCGAUACUCUUGAACUGAAUCAACAGAACAGUGGGAAAGCUUCUAUACUAUGCGAAGCUACUCGAUUCUUGAAGGACGUGUUUGGUCAAAUUGAGUCUCUUAGAAAGGAGCAUGCUUCUCUCCUAUCUGAAUCUAGCUAUGUAACCACAGAGAAGAAUGAGCUCAAGGAAGAAACAUCAGUGCUUGAGACUGAGAUUUCGAAACUACAAAACGAGAUUGAAGCUAGAGCGAAUCAGUCGAAACCUGACUUGAACACCUCUCCUGCACCCGAGUACCAUCAUCAUCAUUAUCAACAACAACAUCCUGAACGUGUAUCUCAGUUCCCAGGACUUCCCAUUUUCCAAGGCCCCGGCUUUCAACAAUCUGCUACAACUCUUCAUCCUCCUGCAACAGUUCUUGUCCUUCCAAUACAACCUGAUCCCCAGACACAAGAUAUCUCAGAAAUGACUCAAGCGCAGCAGCCUUUGAUGUUUAAUAGCUCAAAUGUGAGUAAGCCAUGUCCAAGGUAUGCUAGCGCGGCUGACUCGUGGUCUUCUCGGCUACUUGGAGAGCGGCUGAAAGCCAGUGAAUGAGGUCUUGAACGGCUCCACAUGGAGUAGCAACGCAAGUUAUAAGACAUGGCAACUUAUGAAGGACUCUGGUUUUGUAUUUUUUAAUACAUCGUUCUGAUGUCCUUGUGGGUUUGGCCUUGGCUAUUUCUUGUUUUUGAUGGUUGUUCAUAGGAUCAGGAAGUUAUGGCCUUGAUGGGUCGUUUGAGAUAAAUAAGUAAAUUAGCUCUAACCAUUGUCAUUUUCUUUUGUCUUAAGAUUCUAAAAACACAGAAACAGAACAAAAAAAAUCAAAUUUCUUUUUAAGAAAAAAGCUU